UGAAUCCAAUGAAAUGUCUCCGAAUUUAUAUCGAUCGGUCGCCACAUAGCGAAAACAACAAUCAAAACACACUGAUAAAGUGACAAGCUACACACGAAAAAAGACUACAAAGUUUUCCACCGCGAAGAGGAAAGCAUAAGUAUAAUAAAUUUACACGGUGGUUCUAUGUGAAGCACAGGAAAGCCCUCACUAAUUAGACACCAUCCAAUUGCGUAUUAAAUCGCAUUAGCAAAGCAAUUCAUAAAAAAAAAUUUACCUUUCAUAUUCGGCUUGUUAUUGAUUGUAAACUAAAACAAAAUUUACCAAAUGUGAAUUCCGCGCAUUACCAUAUGGUCGGUCGUCCUCAUAGCGACAGAAAAGUGUCAUUUGUCUAAUUGUUGUUACUGCAAUCUAGUUUGCUACAUUUUUAAUGGCUAUGUGGAAAAUAAAUAUGUUAAAAUUAAGUGACUUGCACUGGUUUAUGUUGGUUUUAUGUUGUGUUUUCUUACAAUUGCACCGGAUUGAGUGUGUCCAUCAUGGAAACAUUGUCAAACGAAUGGAUAUUGCUUCAUGUCUUGGGAAAUUCGAUAUAAAAAAUGACAUGAUUAUUAAAACGGAAGAAUCGACGAAAUUAGGUGCAAAAUUUUUGGAGAGUGCUGACGCUUUGACCAAAGUCGAAUGUUUGCAUUUGUGCUGCGAAACCGAAAAUUGUGAUGUUUUUGUGUACGAAGAAAAGGGUCAAGGCGAGUGUUUCCUCUUCCAUUGUGGACCUGCACAGAAUUUCCGAUGUAAGUUUUCAAAGCACGCAAACUAUACCAGCGCAAUCUUUUCCGUUGAGAAAAAAGUGCCGGCACAAUCAGUUGCGUUGAAAAAAGUAAAUAAUGCGGCGAUGGUGACGCUGUCACAGAAUGAAAUCGAAUUGAAAAGCUUGAAAAGGAAAUCAGGCGAUGCCGUGAGCGCUAAAUUGCCAUCAAAUGAUGCAACCGUUGCAGUUGAAACGACGACAAUUAAAGCAAUUGCAGUACCAAUGAAAAAUGCAACGAUGCACUGUAGUCGGUUCCAAUUUCAAUGCCAUUCAGGCGAUUGCAUAGCAGUUUAUAAUGCAUGUGACGGUAUACCCCAGUGCGACGAUGGAAGUGAUGAAGGUCCAGAGUGUCAAUCGAUAACACGCACACCCGAAGCCACACAGAACAAAGCGUCAGCUGAUGGUCGUGUACAGCUUUUAAGCAACAGCAACGUUCAAAACGAUGCGAAUAUUGGAAUUGGACAUAAUCGUGAAGAUCCUUUGACAGCUCCUCAAUGGCCGAAUUUAAAUCAGCCAGAUUUAACCGCCGUCCAUCAAUACACCGAUGAUACCAGCAAAGCUGUAUUCAAUCGAAAUGGGGGUUUGCAAAUCACUGAUACAGCACAACAAAUAGCCCGAUUACAGCCAGAUAUGCCACGAUUCCCUGGCAUUUCAAAGGAUAAUUACGCUUGGAAUGGUCUUACCGAUCCAAAUAUAGUUCCAAAUUGGCCACAACAACAAAUGCCACAGUUCCCUUUGAAGCCGCUACAAUUCCCACAGAAACCUGCAUACACUCAAUACCAGAAAAGUGUGGGAUUAUCCGAUCAGACGCAACUGAAUAACCAACAGCAAUACAAUGUAAAUUGGCCGAUUUCGGAGUCUAAUCUGCCGAAUGUGCCGAGUGUUAACCAUCCGAAUCACGAUAAUGAAGAGGUAUUGCCUGAAAAAGAAGGGAUUGGUGUGAUAAAAGAUGUCCCCGUUCAUGAUCGAAAGAAAGAUGGCAAAGGUCUGUUAGUACAAAAUAAAGGUGAGUCUAAGUCAACGGAAGAUUCCGAUUAUAAUAACGAAGACGAAGAAGAAACAACGACUGAACCACCGAAAAAGAAAAAGAAACAUCGUAAGGUGAACAAAAUUGGCAAGCAAUCGACCGAAGAACGGGUGGUCACAAAGGAUGCAUCGGCGCAGCAAAUGAAAAUGAUACAUUCAGGCCUACAAGUAGAAUUCAUGGAUCAUGAUGGCGAAGCCGAUCGGCCGGGAGGCGCUGUGGUUUCACUUGCUUUGGGCAUUUUGAUUACAAUUGGCUUAGUCAUGGUUAUCAGUUGCCGAACGACAGCCGUUCGAAAACGCGUCAGACGCGGCAAAGGCUAUGCACAUGAUGCAGACUUUUUAGUGAACGGAAUGUAUUUAUAAAUUAGCAAUUAAGUAGUAACAAAUGUAAAACACAGAGAUUACUAAAACACAUUGUGUAUUCCAAAAA